AUGUCCAUGCAUAGAACCCGAUCCGUUUUAGCUGAAUCCAUUAAAUUGCUAAGGCGAAGAAGUCGUGAGCUUCAAACAAAUUAUCUGCAAGGUGAACACAAUGAAAGAAGGCUAAAGACACUCUUACGAAAAUUAUAUGAUCAUAAAACACACAGUUCAUUUCUUAAAAACAUGUUGAGAAAUUUGAAGAUUCAAAUUAAUGAGCAUGAUUGCAGUAAUGUUGGAGAAAUUUUAAAUUCUCAACUGGAAGUAAUGACAAAACUAACCACAGGCAACUUAAAGGAAGCUGAAGAAUGUAUCAAUGUUGCAAGCCACUUACGAUAUAUGAGAAGAAGUAGGUCUAAGAGACGCAAACCAAAAAGUUCUUUGAAAAAAUCCAAAUGGAUGUUCUUAAGCUCACUAAAAAUGCAGAAUAGUGUCGCAACAACAAAGGAAAUGAAUGACAAUAAAAAUGUGUUACAACCAAAAGUAGGGACCUUGUCCACGCUGACAAGUCUUAAUGAAAAGCCAUGUAAAAAACAUAUUCAUAGACGACGCAGUGUACAGUCAAAACAAUUAGACACAAAAAACCUUGAUUUUAUGAAGGAUUCAAGUAUAGUUUCUCAAAAAAUAACCACUCAAAACUUACCAGCAUCCAGGCUAAAGGUUAAGGUUUAUCCACGAGAAAAGACCGAAACACCCUACACCGAUUUAACACAGCCAGAUUUAACAAUCGCAUUUGGAAAUAUAGUAGUCGAUAAAGAAGAGGAUCAGCAGGGAGCCUGGAGAAAGCCCCAUUAUACCGACUCAAAAAUACUCAAAGGUAGAGUCAGAAAGAGGACGAAAAAUAAAAGAGACUCGAAGUUGAUUAAGGAAUUUGCGUUAAGGAAUACACUUCCCAAUUUGAAAAUGCGAAGCCACAGAAGAGUCCGAAAAAACUGUAAAAAGAUUGAAGCCGAAUCCUUGCAGAAAGUUCAAUCGGUACAAAGCGAAAAGGAGAGUCAUUCAAAAAAUGAUCUUACUAAGUUUUCAAAAACUCCAACCGUUAACAAGAGACAGCAUUCCUCGACGUACGAAAAAUUGAAAUUAGCGUACCGAGCGGAAAGUUUACAACCAACGGAAAAAAGGUCAGUUCUUAAAAGAAAGGACACGUCCGAUGAAAGCCUAGCCAAGUACGAUAUGACUGUAUCGAAAUAUUUCGAAAUCAAAUCACAGUUUAAUCCUGUUUUAAGCGCAUCUCAGAUAUCCCAAACAAACUCCUUUUCAGUAGCAAAACCGAAGGCUCAUUCCGCGCUUUCGGCAAAACCCUCUUUGCGAUCAUUGGAUGGCGUGUCAAAGGAUUUAAUACAGCCAGCCAUUUCAUCAAUGGCCACUACUAUUAUCAAUCGUUUAUUCGAAGACAAGCCAAUAGCUUCUGAUACACCAAGAUUUCACAAAACAAUAGACGCUACAAAAAUGUCAGCAAACAGUUUCCUGGGAACGAUAUCCAAGAUGAAGCCCUCUGAUCAGAUAAAUGCGGUGUGGAACGAUUUGCAGGGGAAAUAUAAAGAGUGGUGUUCGAGUGCUAAAACGCCCGAGGAUGUUCAGAAAUUCAGGGAAUUUCUCAAGUGGCGCUAUAUUCACAAUGUCCAAAAGGUCCUACACAAUCAUGUCAAGCAGUUCAAGAUGGACGUCGACGGUGGACGAUCAGAAACAGAAUCUAGAAAAUCUGUAACGUCAAGUAGGGUAUUACGCCCCCAUCACCAAAUACCCACUAACUAUGGAUCUUUAGGAGUGGCCAAAAGGGCAUCUAGCACAGACCUUUCCCAGCUCAGGCAAACGCACGACGCCUUCGUUCGGUCGCAAAUGGAGUCGUUGAGGUCUAGGGCUUUCGACAAGGAUGUGGGGCAAAUGGAGCUCAUGAUCAUGAAUAGACAGGUACCCAUAAGCGAGGAAGAAGUUGAAAUCUUUAGGAAGUAUACAUGCGACCCUCAGCACUACAACGUACUGAUACUAACGUUCGGCAAACCCAUUUCGGACGAAAAGUAUGAGGAAAUGCUGCCAGUUCUGGAGAAAAAUUUCCAAUUUAUAAGCCAACAACUAGUGGUACUUUCCAGGGCAAAGAGGGUUCAGAAAAUGAAAGCCAACAUCGAAAUACAAAGAGCAGAGGAGGAGGUAACAUCAAAAGUUUCACGUGAAAGCUACCAUACGGAUCGUACAGACUUUAGUGAAGCAUAUCUGCAGAAAAGGAGGGACUUGUGGGCAGCCUACAUUGCCAAGCAGCCCAAGACUCCCACUGAGAUUCUUUUGGCCCAAGUCCGGUAUAAGAAGCGAAUGGAUCAGCUGGCCAAGAAAAGGGACGAUCGCGAGCAACGAAGGCUGCAAGAGCAGCGGUUUCACAAAAGGAGAAGGUCACUUAGUGCCCUAUUUAGAGCUCCAAGGCAAACGCACCGCGAGCGACAAGCCAUCGAGGAUAUUAAGGAGAAGCUGGAGGUUGGGAAAUCUAGGUGCUCGCUUACAUCGUUGUGCCAGUGCAGCAGGUGCGGCGUGUCCUGGACACAGAAGUGCUCCGAAGGCUCCAACGAUAGCUUGGCAGGACAUAUCUGUCAAAACGUAGAAGCAUAGGUCUUGGACUUGUACAA